CUUUUGGAGUCCUUGCAGCUGCAGAGCGCAGCUUUGACACCCGGAAACACAUCAGUCUCAAUCGAGGACAUGGGACCGUGAAAGUAUGGCGGAUGCCGAGGAGCCGGAGAAGAAAAGAAGGAGAAUAGAGGACCUGACUGAGAAAAUGGCUGUGGAUGGUGGACACAUGGACGGUGGUUGCGACUGGGACGGUCGGUGGAAUCAUGUAAAGAAGUUUCUGGAGAGACCUGGCCCAUUCACACAUCCUGACUUUGAGCCAAGCACUGAUUCUUUGCAGUUUUUGUUGGAGACUUGUAAGAUUUUGGUCAUUGGUGCUGGAGGACUUGGAUGUGAACUUCUCAAAGAUCUGGCCCUUUCUGGGUUUCGCCUUAUUCAUGUGGUUGACAUGGACACAAUUGAUGUGUCUAACCUCAACAGACAGUUUCUAUUCAGGCCCAAAGAUGUUGGACGACCAAAGGCAGAAGUUGCUGCUGAUUUUGUAAACAGUCGCAUCCCGGGGUGUAAAGUUGUGCCUCACUUCAAAAAGAUCCAAGACUUUGAUGAGUCUUUUUACAGGCAGUUCCACAUCAUCGUCUGUGGACUGGACUCCAUCAUAGCCAGACGCUGGAUGAACGGGAUGCUUAUAUCCCUCCUGAGCUAUGAAGAUGGAGUCGUGAACCCCAGCUCCAUCAUCCCUCUCAUCGAUGGAGGAACAGAGGGCUUCAAAGGAAACUCUCGCGUCAUUCUGCCCGGCAUGACUGCAUGCAUCGACUGCACUUUGGAGCUUUAUCCACCACAGAUCAACUUCCCCAUGUGCACCAUUGCGUCAAUGCCGAGGCUACCAGAGCAUUGCAUUGAGUAUGCCAGAAUCCUCCAGUGGCCCAAAGAAAAGCCUUUUGGGGAAACCAGUUUAGAUGGAGACAAUCCAGAGCACAUUCAGUGGGUGUUUGACAGAGCACAAGAAAGAGCUGCAGAGUUUAACAUCACAGGAGUGACAUACAGACUCACUCAAGGAGUUGUGAAGAGGAUCAUCCCUGCUGUGGCAUCAACCAAUGCUGUUAUUGCUGCUGCCUGCGCCACUGAAGUUUUUAAAAUAGCUACAAGUGCAUAUAUUCCUUUAAAUAAUUACCUGGUGUUUAAUGAUGUGGACGGAUUGUACACCUACACAUUUGAAGCUGAACGAAAGGAAAACUGUUCAGCGUGCAGCCAGGUGCCUCAGGAUCUCCAGUUCUCUCCUUCUGCCAAACUACAGGAGAUCUUAGAGUACCUCACAGAAAAUGCCUCUUUACAAAUGAAAUCUCCAGCCAUCACAACAACUUUGGAAGGGAGGAACAAGACACUGUAUCUGCAGUCAGUUAAAUCAAUUGAGGAGCGAACCAGGCCAAACCUCUGCAAGACUUUGAAAGAGUUGGGUCUGUCGGAUGGACAGGAACUAGCGGUUGCUGACGUCACCACGCCUCAGACAGUCCUCUUCAAGCUUAAUUUCACCACCUAAACAAACAUCAGAGCACACAGAACUGAUGUCGGACUGGGUCUUGCAUCACAAGGUUACUGUGAUGCUGCAGUAGCAUAUUUGGUGUAAUAAUGUAAAUAAGAUGGGUAAGGUCUCCCAUGUGGGGUAGGAUUGGCUGUCAAAUACAUAAGGAUUCAUUUAACACUAUUGUCUUUUGUAUUAGUAUCAUUGUUUACUUCUCUCUGUUUUUGUCCUGUGUUGGUUUCUAUUGUAGCUAAUUUCCUGUCAAUCAAGUGAGAAUAAUGACAUGCACUGUGCUUUAAUAAAGUUUUAUUAUCAUGGCUGUGGAGGAGGUAUCUCUUACCAUAUUUCUUUGUCAUAUUUAUGAACUCAGUAGCGUAUCAUACUCAGUAUAUUUAAAGGAAAUGGGUUACACCCACAUUUUAAAAACUGUCCUGUUCAAGGAGGCUUCCAAGAAAGCCAGAGUCUGUUUGAAUAUAAUUGUUUUAGUUAUUGUUUUUUAAGUUUAUAUAAAAUGUAGUACACAGUACAAUAUUUCAAACUUGAAUUAAAGACACUUUGAGGAACUUA